AUCAAAAUAUCUAAUUGAUCACAAAUUCACAAUCAUACUUAUUAUAUCAAUUUACUAGCUAGCCUUGGCAUGUGGACGAUGAAUUCUCUCAUUUAUUAUAUCAUACAAAAAAAAAUUUGGGGAGUUCUUUCUCAGGCGAGAGAAAGAAAAAAAACGUCAUAACUCCAAAAUUUCGAAUGUUACUCGCAUUCAAUGAUAAUUCACCUACUUAUAUUCAUAAAUAAACCCGAAAAACGCCGGAUGUGUUAUACAAAAGGAGCUGGUCGCCAUGACCGACCGGACAAUUGCUCAAACUCCCCUUCUUUAAAGGAUCCCAGUAAAGGAAAGAAAGAAGCUAAAAAACGCCGUAGCCUUUAUUUUGGGAAGAAUGCCGGCGACGGCGUCGGCCUUGGCGCGAUUCGUCAUCCUAAUUGUAUUCAGCUCAGUGCCAUUAAUAUUUAUUGUGCCACAGACUUCAUGUUACGAAUUCGAACGCCGACAUUCUGCCAAGCUCCGACAUUUCACGGCCAAGAUCGACAAAAUAGUCGCCUCAUCCAAGCCUUCCACUUUCGUCCGGCCUCCACCUCAGGUCGGCGGAGUGUUCUACCCUGUUGGAUACGGAGCAGAUCCCACCGGCCACAACGAUAGCACCGAAGCGAUACAGAAGGCGUUGAACGACGCAUUCCAACAACGUAGUAGCGAUCCGAACCUGAAGGAAGAACUGAUCCCCGGAAUCAAGGACCUGGGCGGCGCCGUCAUCGACCUCCAAGGCGGCAAGUACAAGAUCAGCAAGCCGAUCUCCUUCCCACCUUCCGACGGCGGUGGCCUCCUCGUCAAAGACGGCAGCCUCAGAGCCUCGAGAGGGUUCCCAGCGGAUCGCUUCCUCGUGGAAUUACUCUCGCCGAAAUCGGAGGUGCUGAUCUACAAAACAGAUGACGUGGCGGCGUACCAGGGCAACGGAAUCUACUACGAGGACGUGAGAUUCAAAGACAUCCUCUUCGACUCCGGGUUCAGCGGCGGCGGAGUCCUGGCGGUGGACACCGCCAGGACUCAGAUCACCCACUGCUAUUUCUUGAACUUCACGACGCAGGGGGUUUUGGUGCAAGGGGGGCGUGAUGCCUUCAUCCAGUCCUGUUUCCUCGGCCAGCGCCCCACAGUUGGUGGGGGCGUCGGCGAGAAGGACUAUUCUGGUACUGGGAUCGACCUCGCCGGUAACGACAACGUCGUUACCGACGCGGUGAUCUUCUCCUCCGCAAUCGGGGUGAUGUUGAGAGGGCAGGCCAACAUGUUGAGGGACAUCCACACGUACAACAAGGAGCGGAUCUUCGGCGGGAUCGGGAUCCUGGCCAGGGCGUUCGCCGACUACAACCGGAUCACCGACUGCUUCGUCGACUACAACUCCAUCGUGCUGGAGGACCCCAGGUUCAUCCAGAUCACCAACAGCUUCUUCCUGGGGUACGCGAACGUGGUGCUGAAGGCGGUGAAGGGGAGGCUCGAGGCUCUCUCCAUCACCGACAAUUUCUUCCGGGGGAUCGACAUGGCGCCGGUGGUGGAGCUGCAAGGGGAGUUCACGGAGGUCCGUGACGUGGCGGUGGAUCGCAACCAGGCGUGGAACUCCACGGUCAAGUCGACGUCGGCGAAUAAGGUUCUGGCGAGGAAAGGGACCAAAUGGGUGGCCGAUUUCAGCAAGGUGCUGCUCUUCCCCGACAAGAUCGAGUAUUUUCAGUACUCGUUCCUGGUGAAGGAGUUCAGCAGGAUGCCGAUACAUGCUGCGACCACCGUGGCCGGGAACAAGGUGGUGGUGGAGAGCGAGGGCGUGGCGGACGCUGUUGUUUCGGUGGUGGUUGAUCAGUGCAAUCCCAUUUGAGAAGAGCUACUACUCAUCAUGCUUCUUUCCUUUUUUUGUUCUUUCGAGAUGUAGUUUGUAACAUUCUGUUUUGGUCCCUCGAUCCCUCAGCGUAUUUGUUGGGAUUCAAAUCCCUUGAAAGUUCCAUUUUCUAUGCCUCAUUUUGUCACAUGACUAUGAAUUGGAAAUUCUUGUGCCUUUUUUUCUUUCGAAUGUCUAUCUAUUUACUGGUUGGUUAGAUUGGUUCAUAUGUAUCGUGAAUGAAGUAAAAUCAUGAAUCGAUUUUGAAGUAUCGUUUUAUAUGUUUUUACGGUAUGCAUGAAUUUACAAACUUAUAGUGAUUUGGUUGGGAUUCUUAGAGGUGACUACCUAGCUAGUAGUCUAGUACAUUGAUAAAUCCUUAUUAUACUAGAAUAUAUACAUGAUGAGUGGUGCUUAAUGGACUGAUAUGGGUGGUUGGAGAGGGUUAGGUGCUAACAUUUUUUUUUGUUAGCAUGGUACUAGUACUAGUUCUAAUUAACAGGGACAUUUGAU